CGAAAACAACAUGGCGGCUAACUAGGCACGAUGUUCGGAGUUCUCAGAAAUAAUGAGUGUGUUAUGGCUAAGAAGUUGCCACAAAUCCUUGCUGCCCAGGGGAGAUAUUGCUACAUGAAUCUGUAAGAGACGAAGACUAACAUCAAGAUGUAUAGUGCAACAGAUCCUGUGAAGAACAUGGCUGAUUAUAGAGCAGGACGCCUCCAUCCAAGCAGCUCUCUCUCAUCAAUUGCCUCAGUCGACAGGGAUCGAGACUUAAAACCAUUCAGCCGAGCCAUACAUCAGGCUAACUCCCCUCCUUAUGACCCGUACCCUGCCCUGAGAUCCAUGUACCGACCAGACGUGACAGACGACGGUGACGAGGAUAAUAAAUCAUUGUCUCUGAAGAAAAGGCGCAAGAAAAGAGGACAGAUAACAGCCAAUUUGAGUGGUACUCGAUAUGACAUAAUCCGUCAGAUGGUUGAACAUCUUGGGUACACUGUAACUAAAGAAGAUGAUCCCUCCAGCUUUCUUAUUUGGAAUGAUGCAUUUGUAUCAACAGAGAAGAUCUCUGAGCUAAAGCCUUUCCAGCAUAUCAAUCAUUUCCCUGGAAUGGGUGAGGUCACGCGCAAAGACUGCCUGGCCAGAAAUAUGACUAAGAUACAGAAGGUGCUGAAAGAGGAGUAUUCAUUUUCACCUCUUACCUGGGUGUUACCAGGGGAUACCACUGCUCUCAUAAAUUAUGCCAAGGACCUGAAAGCCAAGAAAAAAUACAGGACAUUUAUAGUGAAGCCACCAAAUGGAUCCCAGGGACAUGGGAUUGGUUUGUACAGAAAUGUGGAAAAGAUCCCUCCAAAUGAACCAUACAUUGUACAAGAGUACAUAGAUAAACCCCUGCUGAUAGAGGGCUACAAGUUUGAUCUGAGGAUCUAUGUGCUUGUGACCUCAUGUGACCCUCUGCGGAUCUUCCUGUAUAAGGAUGGUUUGGUUCGGCUGAGCACAGAGAAAUACCUACCCCCUCAGGAGAAUAACCUGAAUCGGCUCUUUAUGCAUCUGACGAACUAUUCCAUCAACAAGCACAAUGAAUUUUAUGAGAAGGGUUCGACCACCGAAACUGGCAGCAAGAGAUCCAUACAAUUUUUCAACGAUUACCUCAGGCGUAAUGACUACGAUGUAGUUUUGCUGUGGAAGAACAUUUCUGAUCUCAUAAUAAAGACAAUGGUGGUGUCAAUGCCACAUGUGCUGCAUGCUUACCGCAUGUGUCGGCCUGGUGCUACAGCCAACAGCGAUAGUGUCUGCUUUGAGGUGCUCGGAUUUGAUGUGAUCAUAGACCGCAAAUUAAGGCCAUGGCUGUUAGAGAUCAAUCGUUCUCCAAGUUUUGGUACUGAUGAGAAGAUAGAUUUUGAUAUCAAAUCUGGUGUAAUCGAAGAUGCUCUCAGACUGUUGAAUAUCAAACCUACUGAUAAGAAGCGAAAUUUAGCUAGACAGAAAGCUGAGGCUCAGAAGAGGCUAUUGCGACCCUCAAAAAGAUCCGAGAUGAGUGGCGACUUGUCUGAGGCUGAGAAAAAAAGGCUGAGUUUAGAGAAGAGGAAAGAAGAAUUGAAAGACCUUCUUAGCCGAAUCAGGAAAAAUGCCGCUCGUGAAGAGUUUGAGAACAAACACAGUGGUGGUUUCCGGCGAAUCUUUCCAACAGCAGAUCGUCACUGCCAGGAGAUGUACACCAGGCUUAUUAUGACUUCGUUUCAAACUUUCCUGUCAAGUCGCGCAGCUUCCAUGCAGCGGGAGAUUGAGCUGGUCUACAACAACAAACUACGGGAGCAGCAGGUCCUAGACAUGUUGGCAGAAUGCCAGACGGACGAUGAGAAAUGCUCCCAGUCUUAUCAAAGCAGAGACCCGAAGCCUUUGUCCAGCAUGCCCUCCAUUGCGCCACAGCCUGAAUAUAAUGAGGAUGACGAUGAUGAUUUUGAUGAAGAUGAUGAUGAUGAUGAUGUGGCUCCACAGAAGCCUCGCAGGGGGCAGGCACAUAAAUAUGGCCUUUAUCCUGGGUCAGCCCUCUCUGCCUCCAGACAGACACAGCAAAAGGCCACUGCCACUCGCUCCCGUCCUAACUCUGCCCAGCGGCCGUUGUCAGGGCGACCAGAGUCAAGGCCACUCAGUCAGGCAUCACGAUCAAGGUCUGUGGGCAGAGUAUCAAAACCAGCACCUGUUAUUCCCAAUAUGGAGGACCCUCUGGCAGUGUUGAGAGAGGAAGAGCUCGCUGAGAAAACGCUUCUCGCUCUGAACGAUAUGCGCAUCAAAUUCCCAGGGAAAAACGACAGUGAGGCAGAGUGGAUACUGGAUAAGCUACAUGAAAACUGGAAGUUCCACAAGCCUCGGAUAGCAUCCUAUUGGCUGGUGAAGUUAGACUCCAUUAAGAGAAGGAAGGUGAUUGAUAUUGUGCGGUCUAAUGUCCGUGCUGUCAUACAGAAAGUGUGGAAACUGGGUGAUAUUGACAACUUGCGACUGAUGCGAGUGAUCAAUCGAGUGUUCAAUAGAUUGUUAUGGAGCCAUGGCCAGGGCCUCUGGAACUGUUUCUCACCUUCAGGGAAUUCGUGGGAGACAAUCUUCAGCAAAAGCUCUGACACUAUCUCAGCCACAGAGAUGAACUGUUGUCGGCGUAUAGUGCAGCUGUGUCGCGACUGUUUGCUGAUUGUCUAUCAGUUUGCCGCUGAGGCUAAGACAGGGGCCAGCGUACAGGGUGGGGAAGUUCACCAGUCAGGCACCAGCGUACAGAGAAAACUGUUAAGUGGUGAUGGUGAGGGUGUGGGCUCAAACUGGAACAGGAAUCGAGCUGUGGGGCAGAGGGUCGCUCAACUCUACCACACCCGGGCAGAGUCCUUAGGCACCUCCUGACCUGUCUGCAGGGUCAAGUCCACAAGGUCAUAGUCUCACCAUCAAAGUCCAAGUCAAGGCUCAGCUAUCAAGGUCAUGAUGCAACUUUCAGGGUCAAAGACUAGCUUUCAAAUAACACGGCCACCUCUCACUGUCAUAAUUAGUUGCCACAGUCUCCUUCUUAGUUACUGCUAGACUAGAACAUAUGAUACAGUCUGCACUGUCUGCAAAACUAUGUUCUGCUAUUGUGCUGUCCUCUCAGGCUGUUGUAUAAAAACAGCACAGUGAGUUUGCUGUAUUGGCUACAUACAUAGGUGGAUAUGAAAUCCCAUUUUCCUGUGCAUGAAGUAAUAUGAAAAUGUCACAUCCAGCUUGCAUGUAGGAAUGGACAUCACAUCCAGCUUGCAUUUAGGAAUGGACAUCACAUCCAGCUUGCAUGUAGGAAUGGACAUCACAUCCAGCUUGCAUGUAGGAAUGGACAUCACAUCCAGCUUGCAUGUAGGAAUGGACAUCACAUCCAGCUUGCAUGUAGGAAUGGACAUCACAUCCAGCUUACAUGUAGGAAUGGACAUCACAUCCAGCUUGCAUGUAGGAGUGGACACCCCAUCAGGCUUACGUGUAGUAAUGCACUUGUCACGUCUAGCUUACAUGUAGUAAUGCACAUGUCACAUCUAGCUUACAUGUAGAAAUGGACAUGUCACAUACAGCUUACAUGUAGUAAUGGACAUGUCACACCAAACCUAUAUGUAGUAAUGGACGUCACAAUCAGCAUACAUGUAAUAAUUGACAUGUCAUGCCCAGCCUAUAUGUAGUAAUGGACAUGUCACAAACAGCAUACAUGUAGUAAUGGACAUUUGACGACCAGCCUAUAUGUAGUAAUGGACAUGUCACACCCAGCCUACAUGUAGAAAUGGACAAGCCACACCCUGCCUAUGUGUAGUAAUGCACAUCACUCCCUGCCUACAUGUAGAAAUGCACGUCACGCCCUGCCUACAUGUAGAAAUGCACGUCACGCCCUGCCUACAUGUAGAAAUGUACGUCACACCCUGUCUACAUAUAGUAAUGGACAUGUCACACCCUGCCUACAUGUAGAAAUGGACAAGCCACACUCAGUGUUACUAUAUUAAUGGGCAUAGUUAUUUAUGAUGCUCUUGAAGUCGAGCACUAGGUUUGACUAUUCAUGUUAUAAAGCACAUGCCCUAUAAUGUAAACUGCUGCUGCAACUACCAUUGUGUGAGAGUAUUGAUAGUUUUGGGGCAGAAAUCUGUUGAUUAAUUGAUUUAAAGGUUACUUUGUUGAUGAAUUUUUUUCCUUUCAUGAAAACAAAGUUCCAAAGACGAUGUCAAAAAGCAUUUCUAGUUGCUUUGUAACUGAGGUGAGCUGUUAUGAUUUGUAGUGAGCAGAUGUCAUAGUUGUUAUCUUCAUGAAGCACCUGAUAGUCAUCAAAGGUUAAAAUUCUUUUACCUUGUUGAAACUUUUGUAGGUGCUAUAAGCAGUGGUAAGAUUAUUUUGUGGUUGUGUAUUUUUUCUUUCGGAUUUAUUUAUUAUUUUUUUCCCCUGAUUGAUGAGUUGUGAGACUAUUCAAUACUGUGUUAAAAUGGAUUGUCAGAAAUCUGGAAUUGUUCCAUUUUGAGGACAAUGGUUCAUAUUUAUUAUGUUAACUGGAGUCAGGCUGUUGUUUUUUUUUUUUUUUUUACUCAUGCAUGUAUGUAUGAAUACUUAAUGUUAUUUUAAACUAUUUUAUAACUCCAU